UAUUCUUGGCUUCGUGAAUUUGUUGUAGGCUAGCUUCCUGAAAUCUUUUAAAGGGGUGACUUUUGUUUGGUAUUCACAUUUACUCGUUCGCAGCAGCUGAUGGAAGAGCGAGGCCAGGCUGAGGGCUAUGGUGAAAGGGGCGCUCGAGGUGCAUCUCCGGGGAGCUACCGGCAUAAAAAACACAGAUUUCCUUAGUACCGAGAAAUGCGAUCCCUAUGCUAUCCUGACUUGCUGGAGGCAGAGCUUUCAGAGCACCACGGCAAAGAGACAAGGCUCCAACCCGAUUUGGAACCAGAAGUUUCUGUUCGUGGUUGAAGACGGAGUGAGCGAGCUUUUUAUCAAGCUGUAUGAUGAAGACAGAUUUACUGGAGACGACUUUAUUGGCAGUGCUAAGGUGCCACUGAACAGAGUCCUGUCUGAGCUUGAUCAUCCACUGGCAUCCUACAAUGUUAUUCGACCAUCCGGCAAGGUCAAGGGAGAAGUCAUGGUUGCAUUGAAAUUUACUCCAAAGGUAAGAAGGCAUUACAGAGGAAGUCACUCGUUUUAAACUUGAAACUGCAGCAGGAAGAGGAUGAGGGAAGCUCUACUUUC